AUGAGGCUUUUGAACGCACGUACAUUUCAACUAGUUGAAUUUGUCGGUAAUCCUCCUCCGUAUGCGAUCUUAUCGCACACAUGGUCGACACAAGAAGUAUCCUUCCAAGCGAUCCUUUCUGGGGGAGCAUACUAUAUGCGAGGAUUUUGGAAAAUACACGGAUGCUGUGAGAAAGCACUGGAGGAUAACUUGGAGUACGUGUGGGUCGACACUUGUUGUAUCGACAAAUCAAGCCCUGCUGAGCUGUCCGAAGCUAUCAAUUCCAUGUUUGAGUGGUAUAAGAAUGCGCACGUGUGCUACGUGUACCUUGAAGAUGUUGAUGUUGAAUUCCCCCGAUGGUACACAAGAGGCUGGACUCUCCAAGAGCUUUUGGCCCCAUCGAACGUCGUGUUUUACAACACCAGAUGGGAUCGGAUCGGGACAAAACGGCAACUGCUUCGAGAGAUUUCUGAUAUAACCAAGAUCGACGAGAUGAAUUUGAUUGAAUUCGGGAUACGGCCCACCAGUGUAGGGCAAAAGAUGUCGUGGGCUGCAAAUCGAACGACAACUAGGCCCGAGGACAUGGCAUAUUGUCUUCUUGGUCUUUUUGGUGUGCAUCUUCCGCUCCUCUACGGUGAGGGAAGGAAUGCCUUCCGUCGCCUCCAGGAAGAAAUAAUCAAAUGUUCCACUGAUAUGAGCAUCUUUAUUUGGAAGGAUGGCGAUACACGCCUGGUGGCCCAAGGUAACUGGGGAGUCCUUGCUACCUCACCCGGCUGCUUUGAAGACUUGCGAUUUUAA